UCAUAUUUCAAUUCAGAAACGCACCAACCAAGCAAGUGACAUUAGCUCCCAACCGGAAGUGAAACUCUUGAGUAAACAUAUUUUAAUUGCGAGUAAAAAGCGAGCAAAACGAAGAUUUGCCGGCAUCUUGCAUAACCGAUAAAGGAAAUAAAAACAAAAUGCAAUCCGUGACCAGACAAACGGCGCGAGUCCUGCCCCAAAUGGGCAAGCAAGUGAGCUACCUAUCGACGAGCAGCGCUUGGCGGGCAACCGCCGGCGGUGGCGACAUGGUGGUCGAGAUCAAGGAGCCAAAGACGCGCACCGAGAAGCUAAUGGCCUUCCAGAAGAAGCUGCGCGCCAAGACGCCGCUGGGCAAGCUGGACGAGUUCUCGCGCCAUCCCUACCAGGAGAAGGAGCCCCUCAAGCCCUGGCCCAACCAGACCAAUCCGUAUACGGGCGAGAUUGGCGGACCCGCCGGGCCGGAGCCCACGCGCUACGGCGACUGGGAGCGCAAGGGACGCGUCUCCGACUUCUAGUGGCCAAAGAAGAGUUCCUUAACUAGUACUUAGACUGUUAUUUAAAUGCUAACUAUUAAGACUUAAAAACACAUCGUAAUGUAUACUUGUUUAGUAUAAAAAGAAAAUACAUGAUAUUCUUAACGUACAAAA